GUUGCAUUAACGCCUGACUUCUCAGACUGAACGGAGUCAAAAUCGGGAAAUUUAAAAAAGUCCUAAGAUGAACGUUGGUCCAGAGUCGACUAGACUAGUGUGUCCUAACUGCCAGAUGGAGGUGAUGACUAAGGCGACGGCAAUAACGACAACAAAAACGCAUUUAAUUGCGAUUCUUAUGUGCUUAUUUUGCUGCUGGAUUUGUGCUCCGGUGGUUUAUUGCACGGACUGCGCCAGAAGCAUCGAACACACUUGCCCCUCGUGCAACAACUAUAUUGGCACAUACGAUCGCUGAUACUGCUAUGAGAUAAUGUUUUAGGUUUUCGGAUAAAGUGAGUCCAAAAUAAAUUAAAGCUGAAGACGUUAAGCUGUGCUAAAUAAUAAUGUUUUCUAUGUUUUUCACAUAAAUAAAAUGGUGUUCAAAAUUUUUAAAA